AUGGAAGCUGCACCAUAUACCUGCAACUCUUGUCUGGUGGCAUUUCGUACCAGUGAAGCACAGAAAGGUCACAUGCGCAGUGAUUGGCAUAGAUACAAUCUGAAAAGACGCGUCGCCUCACUUCCCCCAAUAUCCUCCGAGACAUUUACAGAGAAGGUACUCUCUGCACAGGCCAACACCAGUGCUGCUGCCGCAAAAGCCUCUUUUGAACGAAUUUGUGGCACCUGUCAGAAGACAUAUUUUAGUGAGAAUGUAUACCAGGACCAUUUAAGCAGCAAGAAGCAUAAGUUAAGGGUAUUGGCCACCACAAAAAUGAAACCACCAGAUGCAGAGCCUAUGACAAAUGCUUCGGUGUCUCCAAAGAAUGCAAUGGAUAAUACUUCACCAAAUGAAAAGCGGGAUCAAGAAGCGGAAGCUGAAUUUGAAAAGGUUGUAGAAGGACUCAAGGACACUUCUAUAUCACAACCAGAAGCUCCACCAAGGAGGCCUUCACGACCACAUCAUUCAGCGGCCGAGCAACGAAAUGAAAAUCCGCUCUCGCCUGAGAUGUCACGGCAGAAGCAGAAGGAGGAGGGUGAAUCGGUGUCUCAACCUGAAAUUGCUCUUUCCAGAUGUUUGUUCUGCAAUUACGACUCCCCCAACUUCAAACUGAGCAUUUCACAUAUGGUCAAGAUCCACGGAUUGUUCAUCCCAGAGCAGAAUUACCUCACUGAUCCCGAAGGCCUUGUACGAUAUCUUCAAGCUAAAGUCCACCAAAAUCACGAAUGCUUGCUCUGUCAUAAGCUUAAAGGGACCAGCAGCGGAGUACAAACACAUAUGCGAGACAAGGGGCACUGCAUGAUAGCUUUUGAAACUGAAGAAGAGAUGAUAGAAGUUGGACAGUUUUAUGAUUUCUCCUCGACCUAUUCCGAUGAUGAAUCUGAUGACACGGAGAUGGGCCAGGCAUCGGAUCCGGUAACAAAUGGUGGCGUGAAGCUACCUGAAGCUAAAACUAAUGAGGUGGAGGAUGAUAGUUGGGAAACAGACUCCUCUUUUUCUUCUCUCGAUUCAGCGGACUUGACUUCUGUUCCUCUCGAUGAUCACUCUCAUCAAUACUCCAAACUGGCUUUGCAUCGACACCACUCUCACCAUGACCCAAGACCUCAUCGCAAUGCCGACGGUUUCCAUUCCCAUGCACACCAACAUGGGGUCAAUGCGGUAUUUCACGACGACUUCGAGCUUCACCUACCCAGUGGUCGCACUGUGGGUCAUCGCAGUUACAAAAGGUACUACCGCCAGAAUCUACACAGCUAUCCGACAGCUGUCGAAAGGAUGGAGAGGGAGCAGAAAAUGCUAGAGCACGGCAACCAACAUGAGAGCAUGGAAGAUGGUUCUGUGCAUUCGUCACGUCGUAACGGGUCACAAGCUCUGAUGAAACGCUCCGAAAGUGGCAUGCUGGGUGUCACUGUCUCACAAAGGAGAGACGUUCGUGCAGCUGAAAUUAGAGGACGACGACAAGGCGAAAAAGCAGUGAACAGGUACCAGGCCAAGCUUGAGAAGCAGAAAAAUUUUCAGAAGCACUUCCGGGCCCAGCCCAAUCCAAGAGCCAAAAAUGUAGCAGUCCUGGGGGGAGGCAUUACUGGCCUCGUGGCCGCGUACAACCUGACAAAAGCACUUCCCAAUGCCAGAGUUACACUUUUCGAAGCCAAGAAGAAGCUUGGAGGUUGGCUUGAUUCCGAGCUGCUUCCUGUGGAUGGUGGCGAAGUCUUGUUUGAGUGGGGCCCAAGGACACUCCGCACCGAUGGUAUUGGGGCGGGAAGAUGUACAGCACAAUUGAUGGCUCAACUAGACAUGGCUGAUGAUGUAUUGCCAACAUCAAGAAAUUCGCCUGCGGCAUUGAAUCGAUACAUCUACUAUCCUGACCAUCUUGUGCGAAUGCCAGGACGUUUGCCAGGUGUUAGUCUCUGGACAAGCAUUGGAAGAAACCUGGGCACUGUCCUUCAGGAACCCAUCUUCAAAGGUGCUAUCCUAGGCCUUCUUAGGGAGCCGAGCGUCAAGGCCCUGCCCGAACACGUGCAAGACGAAUCCAUUGGAGAUUUCGUAAGUCGACGAUUCGGUGGUCACAUUGCAGACAAUCUCGUUUCGGCUCUUCUGCAUGGCAUAUACGCAGGUGAUAUAUACAAUUUGAGUACCAAGACCAUUUUUCCACUACUCUGGCAUCUGGAGCAGAUCUCCGAAGCUGGGAUUAUGGGCGAACUCGCAGAACAAAUGUGGACCGGCGAGAGCUUACUGCACUAUGAUGAUAUAGAAUUCACUCUACAAUCUGAUCAGAUCAUGAACAUGUUCGAAGGCCCUGUAAAAGCAGUGGCGACCAAGUUGCAAGGAUCAAGUGUGUACACAUUCAAGAAGGGAUUGGCACAACUUGCGGAGAAGACUGGAGCUGCUUUAGUAGGGAGCAAGAAUGUCGAGAUCAAGCACAUGAAUGCUUCACUGGCAUUUGACCCACAGACAAAGAAAUUUCAUAUCACUGACGCCGACGGCCGAGGAAACACCCUAGAAGGCAAUACCAAGGAUUAUGACUACGUCGUCGCAACUAUUCCAUCCCCACAACUCAGCCAAGCGCUCGAAGUGCAGGAUACCAGCAAGUCUACUUCUCGUCCCUCACCAUACGUCAACAUGCUCAACCGUCUCAAAACAGCCACUCCCACGGUCAACGUCAUGGUCGUAAACCUCUUUUACCGCAACCCAAACCUUAUCCCUGUUACUGGCUUCGGCUACCUCCUUCCCCGCUCCAUUUCCAUAGAACAGAACCCAGAGCGCGCUCUCGGCGUCAUAUUCGGUUCUGAAACCAGCCGCGGCUCUUCUGCCACACCUUCAGACCCCAAUCCAGGAACCACCGGCCAAGAUUCUGCUCCUGGCACAAAAUUAACGGUGAUGAUGGGCGGGCACUGGUGGAGCUCCUGGUAUCCAUCUGACCUGCCAGACGAAGAAAGUGCAGUGGAAAUGGCAAAGACCGUCUUAAAGCGUCAUCUUGGCAUCACAGAAACACCCGUCCUUGCUAAAGCCCGCAUGCAGUGGAACGCAAUCCCGCAGUACGAAGUUGGACAUCAUGAGCGCAUGGCCCGAAUUCACCAUGAUUUAAGGAGAGAGUUUGAUGGCCGGUUGAAGCUGGCAGGUAGUGCAUAUCAAGGUGUGGGGGUCAAUGACUGUAUCAAGGCGGCUAGGAAGGCGAGUUUUGAUAUCCGAGAGGGCUUGGACGAGAGGACUGGGUUAGAGAGUUUUGGGCAGGAGACAAGGUGGGCAGUGUAUAAGAGGAAGGAGAGGACUGUUUAUAUGCUAAACAAGGGGAAGGGGAAAGGGGGAAAGGGUUAG